AUGAGAUAUUUUUUAGAGGAAAUUCUUGCACUUGACGAUCAAUAUGACACGAUGCUUUUGGAUGAAAAUUGCACGGGAACAUUCACUACUCUCAAGCGCGACGUCCCCACGCGAUGGAAUAGCAUCCAAACGAUGUUGACGAGCUUUUUGGAAAACAGAGCGAUUAUUAAAGACGUUCUGGAGAGACACCAACUGUACGAGAAGAUUUUAUUGCCCAAUGAAAUUAAAGCAGCGAUAGAAAUUAAAAAAGUUCUCGAGUUCUUCGAAAUUGCUACUGAUGUUUUGCAAGGUUCCAGUUAUCCUUCUAUACAUUUGUCACUUCUGAUAAGAUCUGAGAUCGUCGACAGAAUUUCCAUGCAAGAUGCGGAUUCCGAUUUGACUAAAUCAAUAAAGAAAACUUUGUUGAGUCAUUUGGAGCACCGGUUUCCUGUUACCGAAGAUAUCGUAUGUGCAUGCUUACUUGAUCCAGGCAUGAAGCGAUUAACAAUUAUUGAGACCUACCUUGCUGAAAAGAAUCAAUCGAAGUUAAAAUUCUUAAUGCAAAUGUGCAAGUCAUAUGGCACCCCGGUUCGUGGCGCUAUUGUUCAUAAAGAGGGCGCAGAGAAUGACGUCAAGGAUGAGCCAAAAACCAAAAAGAAGAAAAACUUUGUGGACAUCAAAAAUGAGUUGCUGAAGAAACAUUCUCUGGUAAUCCCUGAUGAAUCCUUGGACGCUAAAGUAAAGAAGUACCUUCUUGUCGCCAUCAGCUCGGAAGAUGUGUUGGAUUGGUGGAGGAAAAACGAAUAUGGAUUUCCAAAUCUAGCAAAUUUGGCCAAGAGGUUUUUAAGCAUACAAGUAACUAGUGCGCCAUCGGAACGGGCAUUUUCGACGGCUGGGUUAGUCGUCACAUCUCGCCGAUCGUCGCUGCAUCCGUUAAAAGUCAAGAAGAUUUUGUUCGUGCAUGACAACUAUGAUGCCAUGCUCGAUAUUUAG